ACGUCGCCGGUCCUCGCAGUGCCCAGCGGCUCCGGGUCCACGCUGUGACCGUGGCAAAGCGUGCACUGCGGGAGUUGGAACGGGCGGGGGUGUGGCCAAAGGUUCCGGUUGGCACGGUUGAAGGAAGAGACCUGCUAAAGACAUUCGCUUUUCCUCAGUCUGUUUCUUUUCUUCUUUUGAAUCUUAAUGGUUCGGAGUUACUGAAGCGAUAACGCAGUUUCUGGCUGGGAUACUUGUGCAGGACAGGUCUCUGCAGAGGACCGGGCUUGGGCGAAAUGGCCCUCGUGACCUAUGAAGAGGCCGCUGGAGUGGGGCUCCAGAAAUUCCACAAGCCCUUUGCCACCUUCUCCUUUGCCAACCACACUAUCCGGGUGCGGCAGGACUGGCGGCAACUGGGAGUCGCAGCAGUUGUUUGGGAUGCGGCUGUCGUUCUGUCCACAUACCUGGAGAUGGGCGCUGUGGAUCUCAGGGGCUGCUCUGCUGUGGAGCUGGGUGCCGGCACAGGGCUAGUGGGCAUCGUGGCUGCCCUGCUGGGUGCUCAUGUGACUGUCACGGAUCGAAAAGUAGCAUUAGAAUUUCUUAAAUCAAAUGUUCAAGCCAACUUACCUCCCCACGUCCAAACCAAUGCUGUUGUUAAGGAGCUGACUUGGGGACAAAAUCUGGAGAGUUUUUCACCUGGAGAAUUUGACUUGAUACUUGGAGCUGAUAUCAUAUAUUUAGAAGAAACAUUCACAGAUCUUCUUCAGACACUGGAAUAUCUCUGUAGUGAUCACUCUGUGAUUCUUUUAGCUUGCCGAAUUCGCUAUGAACGGGAUAACAACUUCUUAGCGAUGAUGGAGAGGCAAUUUACUGUGAGUAAGAUUUACUAUGAUCCUGAAAAAGAUGUACAUAUUUACAAAGCACAAAAAAGAAUCCAGCGGGGGGACUUAUAGUUGGGUAUAUUUUAUAAGAAUAUUGGCCCUAAAGAGGGCCAGGGAUUUAGCUCAGUGGUUCCACCACCUGCCUUGCAAGCGCAAGGACCUGAGUUCAAUUCCCGGUACCAGAAAAAGAAAAAAUAGAGUAUUGGCCCUAAGGAGGUCAGUUGAGGUCUUAGACUGAGAACCUAACCAUAUUUAAUGCAGUGGCUUACUGUACAAGUAUGUGGUCUCAAGUGACAAAGCACAUGUGCAGUUUUAAAACAGAGCAGGUUGUUCAGUUGUGAUUCUUAGCCAUGUUGUACUGCACGGAAAUUCAGUUAACAUGAAAGUGUGAGGUUUUGGGUUGUAUUUCCUGCUGCUUUACCUUGAUAAAAUUUUCACUGAUACAUCGAAGGCUCGUAUAAAGAUGUCCUUGUUUUGGAGAAGUUAAAUCCUAAGCUUACUAAGAACAUUCUGAGAUAUAUAAUGGUAAUCCCAGUUUUCUCAUUUCCUGAAUACAAGAGGUUUAAUCUGAGCUGUUAGUGCUCUUGAAGUCUUGCUCCAUUUAGGUCUUAAAACACUUUUUUUUUUUGUUUGUUUUUUUGACACAGGGUCUCACUAUGUAGUUGAGACUGACCU